AUGCGCCAGGCGGCCGCCAUGAACUACGGCAUGGCCGACGUGGGGAUGGUCGUCGUCGCGCCCGCCGCUUCUUUCCACCACACGCACUAUCACCACCACCACCACGAGGCCGCGGUGGCGGCGGCGGCGGCGGCAGCGGCCUCCGGCGAUCCCAUAUUCCCGCUGCUCUCCGGCGGCCCCUGCGUGCUUGAUCCGGACGCCGCCGCCAAGUCGGCCUCCUCCGGGGCGCCCGCCAGCGCCAUCCAGUUCUGGCAGCCGCCGCCGCAGUCGCCGUCGUUGUCUGCUGCUGCUGCGGGCGCUAACCCUAACCCUAGCGCCAGCCCCUUUGCCUACCUCAAGAAGCCCCUCCCGAUGCUGGACGCCGGCGCCGGCUCCUCCGGCUCCGGCGCCACCACGUGCCAGGACUGCGGCAACCAAGCGAAGAAGGACUGCGGCCACAACCGGUGCCGCACCUGCUGCAAGAGCCGAGGCUUCGACUGCUCCACCCACGUCAAGAGCACCUGGGUCCCCGCCGCCCGCCGCCGUGAGCGUCAGCAGCUCGCCGCCUCCGGCUCCGCAUCCUCCUCCCCCGCCACUGCUUCCGCGGCAGCCGUCGCCGCGUCCGCGUCCAAGAAGCCCCGCCUCUUCUCGUCGCAGACCACCACCUCGCACACGUCCACCUCUAACGCCACAACGCCACGAAGCUUCGACACCACCUCCAGUCACCAAGACGCGUCGUUCAGGGACAGCCUCCCGAGGCAGGUGCGCGCGCCGGCGGUGUUCAAGUGCGUGCGCGUGACGUCCAUCGAUGACGGCGAGGACGACUACGCGUACCAGGCGACGGUCACCAUCAACGGCCACCUGUUCAAGGGGUUCCUGUACGACCAGGGCCCCGACGACGGCCGUCACGCCGCCACCAGCAACGAGGACUCCACGGCGGGGGUGCCCAACAUCUCUGAGCUACAUCUCGGAGCGGCGUCUGGCUCCGGCGCCGCCGGCGUGAGGGUAGGCGGAACCUCGAUAGCGCCCACGGAGCUGUACGGUGGCGGAGGACAUCAUCCGCACAUUCUUGGCGGCUCGUCGAGCUAUGGUAACACCAUGAACUGA